GGUGUGAGCAACAAUAUUUAUUUGCGUUCUUUGUUUCCCUUCCAUCCUAAACGUUUGAUAACGCACCUCACGGAUCUUGAUCCGGAACUGUAGUGCAAUCAACAACGGGAAGUGCACAAUGGAUGACGAUGGCGAGAGAAUCUCGCUAAAGAUAGCAGAGUUAUCGAUCGUGAAAUUCAACCAGACCAUCCCACAGUAUCUAGCCGUACUGCAGAACCACAAAUGUAACAUUGAGAAGGCUGGCUCGCUGCACCUCUGGGACAAGGUGAAGCGGGAACAGAUGAAUGCUUCGCGUAUCGUAAAACAGAUCAAGUUCAUGCUGGUGGAGAUCGACAAGGUGCGCCGCCGGGUGCGGGCGGACGAUCAGAAGAAAUUCGAUGAAGCCAUCGAGGAGGUGAAGAAACGUUCCUACGACAUCAUGGCAGAGUACAUCGCGAUGCAGCAAGCAUUACGCGAACAAUCGCUUCGAGAUGCGCAGUUCGAAGAUGAGGUAGCCAGUGACAAUAUCCCGUACGGUUCGGAACGGCAACUGGCGUACGUGCCGCAGAUUUCCAGCACUUUCAACAAGGCCGAAACAGAGUUGCAGGAGCGUGAAGAGUGUCUCCGGCAAAUGACUGCGUUACAGCGCGAAAUGGAGGAUAUUCAAGAUCUGUACCAGAAGGUGCACGUAUUGGUAAACGAGCAGGGCCAAUCGGUGACGCAAGUGGAGCAGAACGUUGAAUUGACACACAUCGAGGUCGAGGCCGGUGUGACGGCUCUGCGAAGGGCGUUGGCGUACAAGAAGGCCGUCUACCCACUGGCCGGUGCCUUGCUGGGUACUUGCAUCGGUGGACCGAUUGGGCUGGUGGUGGGCCUGAAGGCGGGUGGAUUGGCCGCCAUCGGUGGAGGUUUGGUGGGCUUUGCCAGUGGAAAAAUGAUCAAAAACGUCGACGAUGUAUCGGCGAACCGUGAGGUCGAACAAGAGGAGGCGCUAGCGAGCGACAGUGCCACGGAAGCGAUAACCGGAGAGCCCGGAGAUCAAUUGCUCGUCGCCGAACAGCCGAUUGUGUCGCGCACUUGACAAUUGCUGAAUCGGUGCACCAUCCAGUAAGGCUUUCCGUAUGCGCGCACUAUUCCUGCAUAAGCAUGCUUCUGUACAUAGGUCGUUGCUAAAGCUUGCUUCUAGGGAGUAAUCCACGACUAGCUUCGCCGGCGAUAUACGAUAUUAAUGUUGUUAGAACUUAGGUAUGUGAUUACGAAGUAAACACUGUUUUAUUACGUUUAAAAUAUUACAAACGACACCGAUCUUGAUUCCUUACAUGGCGUUCUUCCACGCGCACGUCUUGUCGAUGUAGUGCAUUCGUUUGCCCCGGAACUGUCGCUUUUUAGUGAUCUUUCCUUGCUUGAGCUUCUGCUUCCGUUGUUCCUUCUUCGGGUUGUACCACGCUGGGUAGCUGCCGAACUGGUCGCGCUUCGUUUUCUCAUUGUACACAUGCUUCACUUUCGUUUUCUCGUUCACCACUUCGAUGAACUUAUCAUCCGGAACCGCGGAGACUUGUUUCAGUUCUCGCUUGAUGAGCUCUUCCUUCGUCUCCUUCUCGACCAGUGCCAGU